AUAACUGCAGAGCAAUUACUUCUAAUGUUUGACUUCAUACUUCAUAAACGUCUUCUUAGUAUAUCCGUACCGUACAGACUUGCCCUUGACACAGACUUAAUUGUCCGCAAAACAUCAACACUGCACAGUAAUCACAACAGGUGAAGCACCAAUCAAAAUCACUUAUUGGUAAGUGGGGAAACCCUAAUAAGAAUACCAGUUUCUGUUAAAGUCUCUUGGCAAAACAUAAUAGUGUCAAUAACAGGUACGUACACAUGCUACGUAUUUGGUGCAAUAAUAAAUUCACGCAACAAUGAUAAGAAAAUAGUAAAUUGUUUAGUGAACGACAAAUAAAAGGUGACACGGUUACCUGACACGUCUACGACCUAAACUUCCGAAAGUAGACGAAUUCGAGUGUUCGUUAUUCGCCAGAUUAGAAAUGACUGUGAAACUAAAAAUUUUGUUUGAAAAAAAAAUCACUAUUCUUAAAAUCUCUGAGUCCUUAAUCAUUGUUAUUUGUGCGUCGAUUAUCACUCCUUAUCGAUAUCUUUAAAAAGAAUACGCAUUCAUUGUGAUAAAUGUAGAAUUCGGAAGGGUACUACCGUGAACAACCACAUUGUUCUACGAAAUGUUGAAACACUAAUCGCGAAUAUAUUUACUAGUUAGCUCUGUGAUUACAAAGUUACAAAGCUUUUUGUUACAAUGUCUGAGAAAACAGGUCCCCAUGCUUCGACUGAAAAUAUCAUUAAUGCCAACGGAAGUAGUGACGACUUGGCCGUCCCAGUCUACGUCCCUACACCCAAAAAUGCAAAACCUCCAUCAAAAUAUAGAAAAAUCAUCAACUGGACGAUCGCUUCAGCCGUUUUGGCAGCAAUAUAUGCUCAUUUUAUUUGGGCAACGUGGUACUUUAUCGAGAAGACAGAGGGUACACUGGAUUCUACCACGUGCACUGGCUAUGGAUUUUGGAUGAUCCUCUUCAUUUUUAUAAAUUUCGGGGUUGCUUAUAAGUUUGUCCUGAAGAAGUACUGCAUUCCGCCUAUAGAGCGAUACGUGUGGAAACCUUGUGCCGCUCUUUUCAAAAAAGUACCAUACGCCACCCUCGGAUUUCUUGGCUUAAUUUUAGUGGCUAUUCUUGUGUUCCUCAUUGUUGAUACAAGUGAUGAUUGGUGGAGAUUGAUGCCGUUGACUGGACUCGUGAUUUAUGUUGCUUUUGGAUUUUUACUUUCUCCCAAUAAACGACAGAUUCCAUGGACUACUGUAUUAUCUGGUCUCAUAGCUCAAUUCAUUCUGGGUCUCCUCAUGAUCAGAUGGGACGUUGGACGCAACAUCUUCAGCUGUGUAGGAGACAAAAUUGACACUUUCCUCAACUAUGCCGUCAACGCUUCGGCUUUCGUUUAUGGAGAAAACUUGGUGCUGGAGCAGGGUAUUUUUGCCUUCAAUUCUCUUGCUGCCAUCUACCUAAUGAGUUUUGCCAUAAACAUCUUGUACUACUACGGAAUAAUGCAAAGUAUCAUUCUUAACCUAGGAAUCUUCCUUCAGUGGCUUUUAGGAACACCGAUCUGCGAAAGCGUGAACAGCGCUGCAAAUAUUUUCUUAGGAAUGAGCGAAUCGCCGUUUUUACUAAAACCGUAUUUGGACCACAUGACAGACUCGGAGAUACAUUCCAUCAUGACAUCAGGUUUUGCGUCGGUUUCAGGGACGGUUUUGGCCGCUUAUAUUUCCUUCGGGGCGAGUCCGGCCCAUCUUAUCACCUCUUGCGUCAUGUCUGCACCGGCUGCUUUGUGCUACAGUAAACUUAUGUACCCUGAAGUGGAGGAAGUGCUCGUCAAGAGAGAAAAUGUUAAAAAGAUUAAAAUGGAAUAUGAAUCCUUGUUGGAUGCAGCUGUUAAAGGUGCUGGAGAAGCUGCGAUGAUAGUACUUGGAAUAAUCGCCAAUCUGAUAUCAUUUAUAGCCACAAUUUACUUCAUUAAUGGUGUUUUAUCUUGGUUGGGAACAUUAGUCGGUUAUACGGAGGAAGGAGAACUUUGGACCCUUGAAAUUAUCUUAGGAAAGGUUUUUAUACCACUGACAUACACCAUGGGUGUUCAAUGGGACGAGUGUGAAAAAGUCGGACAGUUGAUUGGGGUGAAAACCAUCGUCAACGAAUUUGUUGCUUUUCAAAAAAUGGGUGAAAUGGACUUGUCUCCUAAGAGUAAGAUCAUAGCCACUUAUUCUAUUUGUGGAUUUGCCAAUCCUGGUUCUGUUGGUAUUAUGUUAUCGACUUUGGGUGCUUUUAUGCCCAACAAAAGAGAAAAUUUGACCAGAUUAGUCUUUCGAGCUUUUCUGGGUGGAUGUUUUGUAUGCUUUAUGACGGCAUGCAUUGCAGGUCUAUUAACACCCUAAAACCUAUUAUAUUUUCGCUUUAAUUGAACCCUAACUAUGAACAAAAAUUACUUUUUAUGAAAAGUGAUUAUAAACGACAAUAGUGGUUUUUUAAAAAACUUAAAAUAAAAAUCUUAAAGAACACUUUCAAAUCUGUGCUUUCCACUUUUAUUUUUUUUUGUGCGAAAGCCGAGGUAUGGUUUUCCCGAAAAACGGAAGUUUUUAUAUUUUAUUAAAAUUUAUUGUUGUAUUUUUUAUUUAUCUUGUUAUGUAAAUGUUGUACAGAAUUU